CCCCCCAGAAAAGUGGCUCGUCACGUGACAGGACUCAGCACCGCGCCAGGACUCCAAAGGUCCCUCUCUGGCCGCAUCGUGGGUGGGGUCUGGUGGUUCUUCACCCUCAUCAUCAUCUCUUCCUACACCGCAAACCUAGCUGCCUUCCUCACAGUCGAGAGGAUGGUGUCCCCCAUUGAAAGUGCGGAGGACCUGGCCAAGCAGACAGACAUUGCUUACGGGACGCUGGACUCAGGGUCCACAAAAGAAUUCUUCAGGAGAUCAAAGAUUGCUGUAUAUGAGAAAAUGUGGAGCUACAUGAAGUCGGCGGAGCCCACGGUGUUCACCAAGACGACGGCGGAGGGCGUAGCACGGGUGCGCAAGUCCAAAGGAAAGUACGCCUUCCUGCUGGAGUCCACCAUGAACGAGUACACAGAACAGCGCAAGCCGUGCGACACCAUGAAGGUCGGGGGCAACCUGGACUCCAAGGGCUACGGCGUGGCCACGCCCAAGGGCUCACAGUUAAGAAGUGCUGUUAACCUCGCAGUAUUAAAACUGAACGAACAAGGACUGUUGGACAAAUUGAAAAACAAAUGGUGGUACGACAAGGGCGAGUGUGGCAGCGGCGGAGGCGGUGAGAAGGACAAGAGCUCCCAGGCCCUGAGCCUGAGCAACGUGGCUGGGGUGUUCUACAUCCUGGUCGGGGGCCUGGGGCUGGCCAUGCUGGUAGCUCUCAUCGAGUUCUGCUACAAGUCCCGCAACGAGGCCAAGCGCAUGAAGCUCACUUUCACGGAGGCCAUGCGGAACAAGGCCCGACUGUCCAUCACGGGGAGCGUGGGAGAGAAUGGCCGUGUCCUGACCCCUGACUGCCCCAAGGCCGUGCACUCGGGUCAGAGUUCCGGUUUUGCCCUAGUGUCCCCGGACCUGCCGUGAAGACCAAACACACCCUUGUGCCUUACUGUAGCGCUACGACGAGCGACCAAGCUGAGCAAAUAAAACGACCAACUGAAAAGUAAAUAAUUACACGGACAAUUAAGAGGGAAUGAAGGUAACCUAGGCAAGUGAAGGCUGGACAUUGGGAAGAGCACCUGUACCACCGCAAAGGUAGAACCCAACAAGUGACCUCCACUUUCUUUGCGUCGCCACCAGGAGGCGUGGCACAUUGCGGGCGACAUCAUUGGUGGACGCUCGCAGGUGCCCGCCAGAUGGCCUGUAGCAGGACAGCACCGCCCACUGGCGAUGGAAGAAGGACAGAAUAAAACACAAGACCAGAAAACUGUAAACGUGAAACACAAAACUGUGCUAUUUAGCAUCCUUUGGCCAUGAAGACGAGAGCUACACCACAGUAGCCUACAGCUAGAAGGACAGCUCAUGACUAACAGGGGAAAUCCCCCC